UGCCCCCACCUCCAUCGAUCAUCUUUGAAUUUUCAGUUUAAAGAUUAGACUAAAUGUACCAAGUACACCAUUAAAAUCAUAUCCUACAACAAGUUCACCCUUAUCGUUUUCUCAGAGUUUUGAGUGAUUCACCAGCCAAAAGUAGAGGAGAAGUGAGUUAAAAGAGUUUGAAAUGGCAGAUUCCAUUGUAUCUGAUCUUGUUGGGAGACUUUUAGGAUACUUGGGCCAAUCAGCUGCUGGAAAAGUUGCUUCUUACUUUGGUGGUAGAGAUAAGCUGAAGGAGCUUGAGCAUACGAUGAUGAUGAUCCAAGCUCGGCUUUCUGAUGCAGAGAGGCUAUGCGAAGGCGAGGAUGGAGCUCUGGUUAAGUUGUGGCUGAAAAGGCUAAAAAAUGUUUUAUACCAAUUUGAAGAUUUAUUUGAAGAAGUCUCCUUUUACGACAAAGAUAUGGAGCUAAGGUCUGCAAACAGCCUGACUAAUGCGGUAUGUUAUCCGUUCUCUAAGUUGAGUCUCCUUAAAAUGAAUACAAGAGUGACCCAAGAUGUUGAGUUUGUUAUGAAAGAGUUAGAGGGGAUCACAUCUGAUAUGCAUAGGUUUCAUCUGAGGGGGGAUUCCAUUCAGGGACAACGUUCCUUGAAUCUGAUGAGUAGCAGAGAGACUCACUCUUUUGUUUUGGAGGAAGAGGUUAUUGGUAGAGAGGAAAACAAAAAUGAGAUUUUAGAGAUGCUUUUAAAGUCUGAUAACAUUGGGAAUGAAUUGUCUGUCAUCCCUAUUGUGGGGAUUGGUGGGUUAGGAAAAACUACGCUUGCACAGCUUGUAUAUAAUAACAAUAGUGUGCAACAACAUUUUGAGUUAAGAUGUUGGGCGUGCAUCUCAGAAAUCUGUAGUUUCGAAGAGCUUGUGAGGAAGGUUUAUGUAUCCAUAGUUAAACAUGAUUGUGGCCAAUUGAGCAUUGAACAGCUGCAGUCUCAUAUUCGGGAAACCAUAAAUGGCAAGAAAUACCUGAUCGUUUUAGAUGAUGUAUGGGAUGAGGAUCGUGAGAGAUGGCUUUCCUUGAGGCGUUUUUUCUGUGGUGGUAAACAGGGUAGCAAAAUAAUUGUGACCUCGAGGUCUAAAGUAGUGGCUUUAAACAUGGGUACUGCUAAACCCUACGAACUGAAAGGGCUUUCAGAGGAGAAGUCAUGGGUGUUGUUUAGAAGUUUAGCAUUCAGACAAGGUCAAGAGGAGAAGAACCCAAAUCUUACUAGUAUUGGUAAAGAGAUUGUGAACAAGUGUGCAAAUGUUCCACUCGCUAUAAGGACUGUUGCUGGCAUUCUUUAUACUAAAGACACUGAAGAAGAAUGGAUGCAUUUUAUGGAUAGUGACCUCAGACUCAUGGAACAAAAAGAAAACAAUAUUAUGUCAACUUUGAAGCUGAGCUAUGACCAUCUUCCAUCACAGCUAAAGCAGUGUUUCGCUUAUUGUGCUUUGUUUCCUAAGGAUCAUGAAUUUGACGUACAGAGACUAAUUUGGCUAUGGAUGUCUCAAGGUUUUGUUCAACCAUUGGGUAGAAAUCAGAGCCCAUAUGGUGUUGGUCAUGCAUAUUUCAUGGAGUUAUUGAGAAGAUGUUUCUUUCAAGAUAUCAGGAGAAAUUGGUAUGGUAGAAUAACAAAAUGUAAAAUCCACGAUUUAAUGCAUGACUUGGCACUUAUGGUAGGAGAUGAAUGCGUUCUAGUAGACAGGACUGUGGAGUUAAUCAAUGAGAAUGUUAGGCACGUGUAUUUUAAACAUGGCCAACAUUCACUAUGGAAACCUCCAUCAAGGUUGCUUGCUGCUCCUCGAAUGCGAUCUCAUUUGCUGUCUACUGGGAUAUUUGAAAAGGGUUCUACAUCGAGUUUAAAUAAAACUAUCUCAAGUUUGAUGUUCUUACGUGCAUUGGACUUGGGUGAGGGGUUCUACAAAAGACUUCCAAAUUCCAUAGGAGAGCUAAAGCACUUGAGAUACUUAAGAGUUUGUGUCCUUUCUACUUCUCUUCCGUUUGGGAUCACUAGGUUACAGAACUUGCAGACUUUGGACCUUCGCAACUCCCAGAACCUUAUAAAGAUGCCAAGAGACUUUUAUAAAUUGAGCAGCCUUAGGAACUUGCAGCUUCGGUGUUGUAUGCAGAACGUGAAUGGUGAUAUAUGGAUUGAUUCUGGUGGAUUUGUUGAUAUGCCUCGCAGAUUUGGGCAGUUAGCUUCUCUCGAAACAUUGGAUUACUUCAUCGUGGGCAAAAACAACGGAUUAGAUGCGCUUUCCAGGCUGAAUCUGGUAGGAGGGUGCCAGAUUUAUUUUAAGAAGCGCCGGCAGAACAUGAGAGCAGAAGCUAUGCUGGCUAAUUUGAAGGAGAAAAAGCUUACCUUCCUGAAAUUGAACUGGUCAUUUCUGCAUGAUAUUGGAGCUGGUGAGGUGAUAGAAUGCUUACAACCCCCUUGUACUCUUAAAGCCUUUCAUAUUCAGGAGUGGAAAGGUGUUGGGUUUCCAAGUUGGGGAAUAGAUGAGAUUCCUUGCUUGCUCCCAAACCUUGUUUCUAUUACAAUUGAAGGUUGCAUCAGAUGUCAAUAUCUUCCGACUUUCAGCCAAUUGCCCCAUCUCAAGAUGUUAGAUCUUUUGGUCCUCCAUGCUUUGGAGUACAUAGAGAUUGGAGUUGAGAGUAGUAGUAGUAGUGUGGGUUUCUCUUGUUCAAGAGCCACAACAUAUUUUCCAGCCUUAGAGCGUUUGCAUUUGCGGGAUUUGCCUAAACUAAAGAGUUGGUCGACUACAGAGAGUAUAGGGGAUAAUAUCAGUAGUGUCACACCAGGAGUUUCGCAAGUCCUGAACAGUCUACGCGAGUUGGUGUUGGGUAGACUCCCGAAUGCGGAACUGCUUCCAAGGAGUUUUGGUUGUUCUACAAUGCUUCAACAACUUAAUAUACGGGAGCUUCCUAAUCUCGAAUCCUUACCAGAGGGGAUAGGGAAUCUCUCCCAGCUUUACAAGCUAUGCAUCGGAGAUUGUCCUAAAUUGAUAGCACUUCCAGAAUCAUUUCGUAACCUUACUAAUUUACAACAACUUCACAUACGGGAGUGUCCUAAUCUCGAAUCCUUACCAGAGGAUAUAGGGAACCUCUCCCAGCUUCGCAAGAUAUCCAUCAAAGAUUGUCCUAAAUUGACAGCAAUUCCAGAAUCAUUUGGUAACCUCACUGCUUUACAACAACUUUUUAUUAUUGAAUGUCCAGAGCUGAAGAGAAGAUGUCAAAAGCCUAAUGGUGAGGAUUGGCCGCUUAUUCAACAUGUCCCGGAGGCAUUCCUUUUUCAACGGUGAGGGUUUAUAUUGUUAAACCUAUACAGGGUACCAUGGAAAUUUGCCUAGAGGUAGUGUUUAUUUAUUUUUUGAAAAACUAGGAGACCCUUUUCACAAGGGGAAUGUCUUAAGGUAUCAACUUCUAGAAUUUGCGAGUUCGUUUAGAAGGAAUGAUAGUAGAAUCCGUAGUAGUGAGGUAUCCCAAGUUGUUAUGUGUAUUGUAUUCCAAGUUUAACAGUGGAAAAUGGUAUUCGAUUGGUCUGACUGCUUAAGAAUCCAUCCUAGUAAUUCAUUGUCGCAGCUAUCAGCUUGAUUGACUUCAAUCCAUCGCAUGCAACAAAGCUUUUGUUGAGAUGCACAUGCUUAUU